AUGUCAAAUCAGAAUUUCGCCAUGAAACGACGCCGUUAUCAGUGGAAAGCUGCCAUUUUAGUGCUUAUCAUGGUCGGAAUUUUAAAAGAAUUCCGUCCUUCGGCACCAUUCCUUGUCGAUUAUGCCGUCGACCAUAAAAACUUCACGGGAGAACAGAUGACCCACGAGGUGCUUCCAGCCACGACGGGGACAUCGAUAAUAUCGCUUAUCUUCCUCACCAUGGUGACGGACGCCUUCUCCUACAAACCCAUCAUUGUCAACGCGGGGGUGUACAAUUGCAUCACUUGGGUUAUCACAAUCUGGGGUUUCUACAGCGUCAAUUUGGCACGGCUUUCUAUAGAUCAAGUUUUAAGCUGCGUCAAAUUUUCUACGCCAUUUCCACCACUUCUACUGACGUCGCUUAUUUCACCUACAUGUACGCCAACAUUGAGAAAAGUGACUACAAACGGGUCACAUCCUACACGCAUUCGGCCGUCCAUUUUGGCGAGUUCAUUUCCGGGUGUGACAGGCCAAGUCCUCAUCUCCUUCAACCUCAUGGACUUUGAGGAGCUCAAUUAUCUCAGUUUGGCCGGUGGGGUGGGUGCUGUCUUGUUUUCGAUAAUGCUCCCACGCGUCCUCAGGGACGUCGAGGAGGAGAAGGCACGCAAAAGCGGUGAUCAAAACGAUCCGGAACAGCCUAUUAAUCAAGGUGAAAAAGACGCUGAGAACGAUGAGGAAGAUUCUCAAACCGAUUCGACUGAAGAAACCGAAUUCAGAGACGGAAAUCAAUUGGAAAAAAAUGUUUUGCGAAUCCCGCGAACUCAACCCAAGAACAUUCAUUGA